GCACAAGCGACUGGUGUUUCCAUCUCCUUCGUAUUUCACAUCCAGCGAUGUGAUGGUGUCAGGGACGUGCCUUUGUGCACGAGCAAAACCACUCUUUUAGAUGGCGUGGUAGUCGGAUAGUCGGUUUUAACUAAUAAGGGGUUGUGUUUUGUGAUUAGGGUUAUUUCCGUUAUUAGGUUGUGUGAAAAUGCGAGGGCGCGUGACUGGCCAGGCCAUGGAGCUGUUGGGCAGUGGCGGCUCCAGGAUCAGGGUGACCCGGCUCUUUCUGGCCACAUCAGCCAGAGCAUUAGCUCCACAGUCGGCUGUUGGACAUGACAUCGACAGAAGGUUUCGGUCUACAUCGUCCAUGUCCGGUUACACGGAACUGGCUCGUGAGAGGUCCAAAACCGUCACGUCUUUUUACAACCAGCCUGCCAUCGAUGCAUCUGCCGAGAAGCCUUCUGUCAGACUCACGCCAGCCACUAUGCUGUAUGCAGGGAAGUCUCCUGAUGGACAACAUAUUCUGAGCAGUGCCAAGUACCUACACAAAGAGCUGCCUGUCCGUAUCGCUCAUCGCAUUAAGGGCUUUCGAAGCCUGCCCUUCAUUAUCGGCUGCAACCCAACCAUUCUCCAAGUGCACGAGCUUUAUAUCAGGGCCUACCAUAUGCUGAGUGACUUUUCAGCCAUAAAAGACCAGGAGACUGAAGCUCGCUAUAGCAAGCUUGUGAAACUGCUCCUUGAUGACCACAAAGAUGUUGUCACUAUGCUAGCUGAGGGAUUCAGGGAAUGUCGUAAACACAUUGUGGAAGAAUCUCUGGUUCGUAAUUUCUUGGACACGACGUUGACAUCUCGUCUGGGCAUCCGUAUGCUGGCCACGCACCACCUCGCUUUGCAUGAGGAUAAUCCUGAUUUUGUUGGCAUCAUAUGCCGACGUCUUUCCCCUAAAAAGAUCAUAGAGAAGUGGGUUGAUUUUGCUCGACGGCUCUGUGAGCAUCAGUACGGGAACUCCCCACGCGUUCGCAUCAACGGCCAUGUGGCGGCCCGCUUUCCCUUUAUUCCACUGCCGCUGGACUAUAUUCUGCCUGAGCUGCUGAAAAAUGCUAUGAGAGCCACCAUGGAGAGUCACUUGGACACCCCUUACAAUGUGCCUGAUGUAGUGGUCACCAUCGCAAACAAUGAUACUGACUUUGUCAUAAGGAUCUCAGAUCGUGGUGGUGGGAUUCCUCACAGCAUUCUGGAAAAGGCGACGGAUUACCACUUUAGCACAGCUGAGCAGAGUACACAGGAUCCGCGCAUGAGCAAUCUUUUCGACAGCAUUACUAACAGCGGUCCCCAAUCUGGACCCAUGCAUGGGUUUGGCUUUGGUCUGCCUACGUCUCGAGCAUAUGCUGAGUACUUGGGAGGUUCCUUGUCCAUCCAGUCGAUGCAGGGCAUUGGCACAGACGUCUACCUGCGUCUUCGGCACAUUGAUGGCAAAGGAGAGAGCUUCAGAGUUUGACAUUAUGCCUGAUUCAUUGGAGCUUGCGGGUCGGUCAAUUUUAGGGGUGGAAGGUGAACCAGGAAGUUCUACUGUUAUCACUUUUCACACAUUAUCCGUCGAACUCUUUUCCCUUUUACUCUGCAUCAGCUUCACAUUUUGGAUUACGUUUUCUGCAGUCAUUGGGUUUCAUUGGUUUUACGUUGUGAACUGAUACAACUUUGGGAUUGCACUGCAUAUAAGGUGUUUGUGUUGUUCACUGUGAUUUAAAAAGAAAGCAAACUUUCAGCCUUAAGAAUGCUAGAGGAUUUCAUGUUCAAAAUCCAGCAUGUCACUAUCCAAAUUUAAGCCAGUGGGAUGAGACGCCUUACACUCCAGAAACUGAUAAAAGAUGCUGUCAGCCUUCUGUGACUUCAACUCUCCCGACAGCCAAGUCCUGGUUUCUCUCAGAAUUAUGAAUCAUUUGGAUUCUUUAAGGACGUGUUAUUUCAAAAGGAACCGUUUGAGUUGGCACACAAGUGCAGAAAGGCUUUUAGCAAGCUGCUCUCAAUAUAGGUCUACUGCUUUACAAAAACUGACAAAAUACUGAUUCAAAAUAUGUGGUCUGAUGUUCCAGUUAUGAUAGUUUUGACAUUUCACAUUAGCCAUACGAGCUUAAGAUUUUGUUGUAUAUUUCAUGAUUGAAAUGGUGUGAUGAAAGAAAUGCUCAUGCAGUUAUUAGCAAAGUGCAAAAUAUUUUAAAUAAAUUACAUUUUUUGUUUGACAUUCUCUCCAGCCAAUGGUGUUAAUAGUGAUGUUGAUAGUUAAAUGAAUGCAUUUUUGCACCCUUUUCAGCUGCAGAUUUUUGUCUCCUGAUGGGCUUUGUUCAGUUUGUGAUCCAAAAGGGUGCCAGCUUUAGAGAAACUGACAGACAAUGAGCUUUAUGCAACAAUAGUACAAGUCAUUCAUAACUGAUCUUGUGCCUAUGGUUUCUUUUUCCUCUACUUUUGAAAUGAAUCAAGGCGAGUGAUUUUUUUUAUGAAAGGGAGCCCUAGUAUAUAUAUAUAUAUAUAUGCUCAUUUUCUGGACAGAAGUCAUGCAGAUUUUUUGCCCUAGUUUGCCCUCUGCUGGUACAAUCUGAGCAUUGACUUUUGACUGUACAUAAAGCUACACAAGUGAACAUACUAAUGAUAGAGAAUCAGGGUAAUGAAUGAUGUAUAUAGUAGGAUAACCGUUAUGGAAUGCAAACAUACUAAUGUGCACAUAUUAACAUUAAUUCCGUUGUUUAAAAAAGGCCAAAUUGUGGCAUGAGGCACCCAGAAUUAAGUGUUGGAUCAUUUUAUUGUAUUCUUUGCUUUUGAUGUUGAGUUUGUAUUUCAUAGAUGCCAAAUGCGCAGUUUUUCAGGCAUUAUAAAAUUCUGUUUGAA